GUGCACCGACGAAGCGACGUUUCGCAUUAAUACCCUACACCAAGCGCGACAUCUUGCGAAAGCCAGUCCCGGCUAGUCGCUAGUCGUGACCACGAACCACUUCCCCGACCGACAAGGCAACGUCUGCCUGCUGACAAUUUUACAAACCUUUCGCCAUGGGUAUUCCGGCUGCCUUCAGGUGGCUCUCCACCAAAUAUCCCAAAAUCAUCUCCCCCGUCGUCGAGGAGAAGGCUCUUGUUAUGGAAGAUGGCACUGUCGUCCCAGUUGAUGCGACACAACCCAACCCAAAUGGGGAGGAGUUCGACAACCUGUACCUGGACAUGAACGGCAUUGUUCAUCCUUGCUCGCAUCCCGAGGACCGCCCGGCGCCCAAGGAUGAAGAGGAGAUGAUGAUUGAGGUCUUCAAGUACACCGAGCGCGUCGUCAACAUGGUCCGCCCGCGCAAGCUGCUCAUGAUCGCUGUCGAUGGUGUUGCACCACGAGCCAAAAUGAAUCAGCAGCGGUCCCGCCGAUUCCGCGCCGCCCAAGAUGCCAAGGAAAAGGAGGAAGACAAGCAGCAACUCCUCAAGAUGCUUCAGAAAGAGAAGGGCAGUACUGCCAAGGAGGAACCUGUCGAAACUGUCGUCAAGAAGGCCUUUGACUCCAACUCCAUCACCCCGGGCACACCGUUCAUGGACAUUUUGGCCGCAAGCCUGCGGUAUUGGUGUGCUUACAAGCUCAACACGGACCCCGCGUGGGCCAAGAUGAAGGUCAUCAUCUCCGAUGCUACUGUUCCUGGCGAGGGUGAACACAAAAUCAUGGAAUUUGUCCGCUCGCAGCGCAACUCGCCCGAGCAUGACCCCAACACUCGCCACGUCAUCUACGGCUUGGACGCCGAUCUUAUCAUGCUGGGGCUUGCUACUCACGAGCCUCAUUUCCGUGUCCUUCGUGAGGAUGUCUUCUUCCAGCAGGGCAAAGCAAGGAUGUGCAAACUCUGCGGCCAAAAGGGCCACGACGAGAGAAAUUGCAGAGGUGAGGCAAAGGAGAAAGACGGCGAGUUUGACGAGAAGGACAAGGCGGAGCCCCUAAAGCCCUUCAUUUGGCUCCAUGUCUCGAUCCUACGUGAGUACCUUGCCAUUGAGCUGAACAUUCCCGAUCUCCCAUUUCGCUGGGAUCUCGAACGCGCCAUCGACGACUGGGUCUUCAUGUGCUUCUUUGUCGGAAAUGAUUUCCUGCCUCAUUUGCCCGCCCUCGAAAUCAGGGAGAACGGCAUCGAGACCCUCAUGGCUAUUUGGAAGGACAACCUCGCCGUAAUGGGUGGAUACGUGACCAAGGACGGACAUGUGGACCUCGACCGCGCACAGUACAUCCUUAGCGGUCUCGCCAAGCAGGAGGACUCCAUCUUCCGAAGGCGGAAGGAAACCGAAGACCGGCGGGAGGCGAGCUUCAAGAGACGCAAGCUCAACGACCGACAAGGUAAUGGCAGAGGCGGAGCCCACGAUUCGCCACUCAGUGGUAGGGGAGGGCGAAGGGGAGCGCCAGAGGCGAACGGGCCGCCGGCGGGGAUGAAUCUUUUCCCGGUCGCGAGCAUUCCCAAGCCCGUCGGCAUCACUCACGACAUGGUGGUGAACCGCCGUGCGGUUGACCAGGCCAAUGUGGCCAACAAGAGCGCCGCGAGCGUGCUCAAGAGCCAGAUCCAGGGACUUGUGGCCCAGGUUCAGAAACCCGAUGGUGACGAGCCCAAGGAGGAAAACCCGGCGGCGAAAACGCCACCUUCAGCCCUUGGGAAACGCAAGGCGGAGCUCAUUGAGGAGGAGGCCACCACUGCCUCGGACACCACUUCGGAUGCCGAGACCCCUGCUACCCCCUCGAGCGAGGAAGGCCCAACCGACACGGUCAGGCUCUGGGAAGAGGGUUACGCUGACCGGUAUUACGAGCAAAAGUUCAAAGUGGACCCCAAAGACAUCGCCUUCCGGCACAAGGUUGCCCGGGCAUACGUCGAAGGUCUCGCCUGGGUGUUGAUGUACUACUUCCAGGGCUGCCCCUCGUGGGAGUGGUUCUACCCAUACCACUACGCUCCGUUUGCGGCUGAUUUCGUCGACCUGGGAAAGAUGAAGAUCAGCUUCGAGAAGGGCAGGAUAUCGCGGCCUUUUGAGCAGCUCAUGAGCGUCCUUCCGGCCGCCUCCCGCCAUGCCAUUCCGGAGGUAUUCCAUGACUUGAUGACCCAGGAGGACAGCCCGAUCCUCGAUUUCUACCCGGAGGACUUUGAGAUUGAUUUGAACGGUAAGAAGAUGUCUUGGCAGGGUAUUGCUCUUCUUCCCUUCAUCGAGAUGCCCCGUCUGCUGGAUGCGAUGAAGACCAAGGCACAUCUUCUGAGCGCCGAAGACCAAGCGCGAAACGCGCCGGGUCACGACGUCCUGCUCAUCUCGGACGCGCAUCCGGGCCUCUAUGAGGAUAUCACAACCCACUUCUACUCCAAGAAGCAGGCCGUCCCAGAGUUCAAGCUGGACCCUAAGAGAAGCGACGGCCUCUCCGGCCAGGUCGAGAAGAUUGAGGGCUACGUCCCGCAUGGCUCGCUUGUGUACCCGCUCGAGCGCAACACCAUGCCGGACGUCGACUACGACCGGUCAAUGAGCGUGAACUAUGAUAUGCCAACCAGCUCUCACAUUCACAAGUCGAUGCUCCUUCGCGGCUUGAAAAUGCCCACGCCUGCGCUUGACAGGAGUGAUGUCGACUUUGUCAGGAGCAAGGGGCGAGGGGCCGGGAGAAGCUUCGGCGGCGUGCCGUUAAGGAAUAAUUACAACGGCGGUGGGCGAGGAGACAGGAUCAAUUAUGCCGGUGGGCCUCCCCGUGGUGGAGGUGGACGUGGCCGCGGAGGUUAUCAGCAACAUGAUCGCGGCUACGGAAACGGCUACGGUGGGGGUGGUGGUGGUGGUGGUGGAUAUGGCAACGGCUAUGGUGGCCACCAGCAGCACGCCCCGCCCGCCCAGCAAUCAUGGCAGCCACCCCCGCCGCCCGGCUAUCCUGGGUUCGGUAUUGGUGUGCCACCUCCGCCGCCUCCAGGUCUCUCCGGUGGUGGUGGUCACAACCAAGGGUAUGGCAACCAGGGAUACGGCGGCCAGAACUAUCGAAAUGACCGUUACCCACCGGGGCCGCCACCGCACGGAGGCUACCAGGGAGGUGGCUACCAGGGAGGUGGCUACCAAGGGGGUGGCUACCAAGGGGGCGGCCACCAAGGGGGCCAUCAGGGGCAGUACCGCCCGCCUCAAGGCCAGGGCCAAGAUCGGCGCCAGGACAACAGGUACGACGGGGGUAAUAGGAAUCGCGAUUCACGGGGGUACGGGAGGUGAGGAUGCUUAGGGUCGACUGUAAGAGAGACGACUUGCAAGGGGUGGUAUUGUCAUGCUAUAUAGGCUCAUGUUUUGCUCAUUGCUGUUCGAUCAAUGCGGAUAACGGAGGAA